CCAAAAUAUCUUCUAAAUAUAAACCUUCUCCACUAUUAGAAGUCUUUCAACCCCCACAAGAUUAUCCCAGUACGCUACUUAUACCUAGUUGCCCCUUCAAAUAAAAAUCAACCCCCCAAGAAAAGAAGACAACCAAACACAGAAGAAAACUCCUUAAAAAUCUUGCUUCUUGACCCGCCAUGUCAUUCCCAUUACCUCCCCGAGUCAACUCAAUCGAGUCAUCAACAAAAUUCUUGUCAGCAUCAUCGUCUUCGUCUUCUUCUUCUUCUUCGUCCUCACCGUCGACCGAAGACUCGGAACCUUUCCACUGGCACUACACAGAGUUCGACGACAAGAACUUCCAGAUCAAAGGCCGCACUCUCUUCUCCGUCCUCGUCCUCUUCUCCGUCUCCUCCUCGUCACCCUCUUCUUUCUCUACUUCAGGUGGGUCUGUCGUUCCCGCCGGAACUCUCGGCUUUCCGGGCUCGAGCGGAACUUACCUCGUCAGAGUACCUGCAUUGCCCGGCGGCGGGCUUGACCCCGCCGUCAUCCGUGGCUUGCCCGUCGUGCUGCAUCACAACCCCUCGUCGCAGACUCAGACUAAGACUCAGCUUCAGUCUCCGACUAGUACUACGAUUGCUGCUAUUUCUUUGAGUGAGACUCGACAAAACGAGUGCUGUAUAUGCUUGGGUGUCUUCGAAGAUGGCGAAAAGGUUAAAGUUUUGCCUCCUUGUGGCCAUUACUACCAUUGUGAAUGCGUCGAUAAGUGGCUCAGUACCGAGUCAAGGUGCCCGCUUUGUCGAGCUUCUCUUCGAGUCGACUCAACCAUCUCAUUGGUAAUACAAUAAAUUAAUCACGACAGAGAAAGCUCAUAUUUUUUCCCUUAAAA